UGUUAUUGUUUAGCAAGUUUUGACCUUUGAACCCCUACCCAUCCUUCUGGUACUGUCGAUGUCAGACUCGACUCGACUGUGUCUCUUCAAUACUAUACUCAUGAUACUGCUGCUAUUUUGGAUGCGAGGCUAGGCUAGCUGAUCGAUGUGAAAUUUAUUAUAAGGCUGCCUUCCAUGUGGUAUUGGCGUGAUAUAAUGUCUGCAGAGGAUUGGUACGACUACGAGCCACUAGUAUUGGACUUUGGCUCAAACACGACUAGGAUGGGAUUUGCCGGGGAAGAUGCGCCAAGAAUCUCCAUUCCUACUGUCACUGGAAGAUAUUGGUUCAGGGGUGGGGUUACUGGAUUUGCAAAGGAUGUAUACUGUGGUGAUGAGGUGAACCAACAGCCAAUGAUUCUCGCACCAAAUCAUCCUAUUGAGCGUGGUGUUGUUACCGACUGGAAGGAUUUCUUCUCGAUAUGGAAUCAUGCCACGCGGUAUGAGCUUAGUGUUGCCCCUGAGGAGCACCCUGUCCUGCUCACUGAGGCUCCCCUUAACCCCAAGGCCAACCGUGAGAAGAUGGCUGAAGAGCUUUUUGAGGAUGGUAUUGGACACUUGCAAAUUGCGAAUCAAGCGGUACUCUCUUUGUACUCCACUGGUAAAAUCAAUGGUGUGGUUUUGGAUUGUGGGGAUGGUUCCACGAGAGCAGUGCCAGUAUAUGAUGGCUAUGCAGUCAAAGAUGCUAGUCACGUUGUUGAUUUGGCUGGAAUUGACCUGACGGAAAAGUUACAGAAAAUAAUUUCAAAAAGUGGAUACAAUAUAGCCAAGUCUAUUCGGAAUUAUAAGUUGGAAAUUAGCUUGGUACGAGAUAUCAAAGAGAAGCUCUGUUACAUUGCUAUAGAUGUGGACAAGGAAGUGAAAACUGCUAAUUUUUGUACGCCAAGUAUCUACAAGCUUCCAGAUGGAAAAGAAAUUGUUCUUGGUAUUGAACGGUUCCAAUGUCCCGAAGGUCUCUUCCAACCGUCAUUGCUUGGUAAAGAAUGUGCUGGUAUUCACACCAUCCUAAACGAAUCCAUCACAAAAUGUGAUGCUGUUUUUCAAAAAGAACUGUAUUCCAACAUUGUUCUCUCUGGAGGUACUACACUGCUCCCAGGAUUUGUUGAACGGAUGCGGAAUUGCUUGGCUCAACAUAAAACUGACUUCAACAUCACUGUACCAAGAGAACUGAAACACUCUGUAUGGCUCGGAGGUUCAAUCCUUGCCUGUCUCUGUAACUCUCAAAAGUCCAUGUGGAUAUCUAAGCAAGAGUAUGAUGAGUACGGCUCAUCUAUUGUUCACAGCAAGUGUUUCUAAAUAGUUUUGCGCAGAUAAUCGACCAUCAAUACCGUGUAUUUCCUCUAGCCCUUUUCUCAUAUAUAUAUAUAUAUAUAAUCUGACUACAAACUUUCCAUUCAAUUGCAACUCUAUAAUUAUAUCUUAGUACAGUGUAUAUAUAGCUAUUAAUUAACAUCUAUAUAA